GAAGAGCAGAAUCAGCUGAACUACAGAAGAAAUUAAAAUAUUUUCCUGAAAUUCAUCACCAACAACCAGGAUAUUUAACUAAGAGCAAAGUUAAACUACUGAAAGAGGUAAAGCAGAAGCCUUCCUGAAGAAUCUCCAGAACACGCAAAAAUUGUUUGCUACAUUUAAAAGACAAAUGAAGCCAAGUCCCGACAUGGAGAAACAUCAGCACUCUGUCAAGAGUUUUACUAAACAGAGUAAUCUCAAAAAACACCAGCGCAUUCACACAGGAGAGAAACCACAUCACUGCUCAGACUGUGGAAAGAGUUUUAAUCAACAGAGUCAUCUCCAACGACACCAGCGCAUUCACACAGGAGUGAAACCAUUUCACUGCUCAGACUGUGGGAGGAGUUUUAAUCGACAGAGUCAUCUCAAAAGUCACCAGCGCAUUCACACAGGAGAGAAACCAUAUCACUGUUCAGACUGUAGGAAGAGUUUUAUUACACAGAGUAAACUUAAAAUACAUCAGCGCAUUCACACAGGAGAGAAACCUUAUUACUGCUCAGACUGUGGGAAGAGUUUUACUACACAGAGUGAUCUCAAAAAACACCAGCGCAUUCACACAGGAGAGAAACCGUAUCACUGCUCAGACUGUGGGAAGAGUUUUAAUCAACAGAGUAAUCUCAAAAGUCACCAGCGCAUUCACACUGGAGUAAAACCAUAUCACUGCUCAGACUGUGAGAAGAGUUUUACUACACAGAGUGAUCUCAAAAAACACCAGCGCAUUCACACAGGAGAGAAAAAUGUCCCAAAUUUGUCCCAUGGCAAUUAAAAGCGCAAAUCAUAAAUUCCACCAGAAACAAAUAUGAACUGUAUUUAACAAUGGAUUUUACAGGUUCAGCAAAACUAUUCUUAUCCAGGGAUGAUGUGUAUAGAAUUCCAUGUUAUGUUUGUAUGUCUUGUAAGUUUGAAUAUUCCAGGACAUUCUUUGUGAGACAGAGCUCAGUUUUUAGGUUAGUUACUGUUGCGCAGUAAGGUUACAGGCUCAUUCACUCCCUCUGCUGGUGUUCUUGUUUGUCUAUGGUUCAGUCCAAUUAAAAAUCUGUUACUAUAGAGGGAUAUAGAGGGAUAUUUGGUUGUGUUGUAUUACUCAAGUUUUAUACUCUCUUAUCUUUUCCUUAUUGAAUAUUAAAUGUUGCUUAUGUUUUUUUUAAUCUCCAAAGUUACUAAGAAUAUCCAAAUAAUGUAGUUUCUUAAUUGUUUUUAUCCAGUACAAACUAUUAUCUUUGUAUUACUUCACCUCUAUAUUUACCCAUGUGUGUUUUAAUAAACGGCUUUUAUAUUGCA